ACCCUCUGGAACUGAACCUUCCACUAAUGAUGGCGAGCUACAAAUGCACACCUCAGCGCAUUGAGGAUAUCCCAGCUGCGGCCAGAAAUGCGAGAGGCAUCAUCAAUGACGCAGACGCUUUCGUCUACGUGUCUACGGAGUACUAUCAGACGAUUCCACCUGCGCUCACUAACAUGAUCAUUCAUUUCGAUACGGACAUUUUCUCGGGCAAGCCAGCGGCGUUGGUCUGUUACUCUGACGGUGUCUUCGGGGGCUGUCGCGCGGCCAUGGCACUCCGCGCCUUCGUCGCAGCUACGGGAGCACUGACGAUUCCGACGAUUCUCUACAUUCCGUCGACGCCGGCGCAGAUAGACAAUCAAGGUGCAGCUCGCAACUCUCACAUCACCUUCCAGGCGAAGCGCCUGAUCGCGCACCUCGACUACUGCUUAGCGGCGUUCACGACCCACCGAAAGGACACCGGAG